UUCGAUGUGUGCGUGAUGGAGAGAAAGGUCCUGAUGAUGUAGUAAGGUAAAAGGCAAUCGGGCCAUCCCGAGGCGCGUUCACGUCGCACGACAUCAGCAGACUCCACGAGCAUUACAUCACAAUCACAACUUCAUCAUGGCUGGAACACGAAGCUCCACGCGUCAAAAGGCGUCUGUAGCACCAAAGUAUAAUGAAGAUCCAUCAUCAUCGGCUGAAGAAGCACAAUCGAAACGUAGUACGACCAAGUCGACGCGUCGGAAGCGUACCCGCGAAGAUGAAGACGACGAUGUAGCAGAUGCCGGCCUACCACCGCCCAAAAAAACCGCCAUUUCAAAAUCCAAGGCAUCCAAAGCGAGCACGACCAAGGAGAAAGCCUCAGCAAAAGCCCCAAAAGCCCCCAAAGCCUCAGAACCCCCAACAUCCAAAUCCAAACCCGCGCCACCACCCGAAUCCACGUCCCCAUCCAAUCGCGAUGCAAACGGCAACCAGGAGGUCUUCUGGCUCCUCAAAGCCGAACCCCUCCCCCGCUACGAAAACGGCAUCAACGUCGCCUUCUCCAUCUCCGACCUGCGCGCCUGCACAGAGCCUGAGCCCUGGUCCGGGGUGCGCAACCCGCAAGCCCGCAACAACAUGCAAGCGAUGCGCAAAGGCGACCUAGGCUUCUUCUACCACUCCAAUGCCAAGCCUUCAGGUGUCGUCGGCAUCCUGCGCGUCGCGCAAGAAGCGUUCGUUGACGAGACGGCGUUUGAUCCAAAGGAUCCGUACUAUGAUGCCAAGUCACAGCGUGACAAUCCCAAGUGGUAUUGUGUUGGGGUGGAGUUUGUGAGGGAGUUUGAAAGGGUUGUGGAUUUGCAUGAGAUUAAGGGGUUUGCGAGUGAGGGGGGGCCGUUGAGGGAUAUGCAGCUUGUUACGAAUUCGAGGUUGAGUGUUUGUAGGGUUAGGAAGGAGGAGUGGGAGUUUAUUCUGGGGUUGGCCGAGGGGGGCAAGGGUGAAGAGAAGGAUGUGGAGAAGAAGAAGAAGAAGGAGGAGGAGGAGGAUGAUUAGUGGGGCUAUUGGUCCCUUUACACUGCAAGAGGACGGACUGAGCCGUGAGUUGGGGUAUGGGUACCGGAUCUCAUGUUCUCGAGGCUCU